GGUUCUCGGAUGGAGGGAAGCUGGAGGCCGGCUCCUGGAUGUUAUUGAGGGAGGAGAAUGCGGCGAGCCGCCGGGAGCGGGCCGCUGCUCCGGGCCUGAGAGCACGGCCGCUUAGCACUUGGGCCCGUCGACACAAAAAUAGCCUCCUCAGGCCACACAGGUAACUGGAAGUGAGGAUUAAAAAGAUGCUGGACUCUGACAGAGGGGUUGUGGAGGACUGGCUCUCCCAAUUCAAGACUGUCCCUGAAACUCAGAUAUCCACUUAUGCAGCAACCCUCCACCAGAACAAUACAAUAGUGCCAGCUCUGUACAAAGUCAUCCAGGACCCCAGCAAUGAGUUAUUGGAACCUGUCUGUCAUCAGCUAUUUGAGUUGUAUCGGAGCUCUGAGGUGAAACUAAAGAGGUUUACACUCCAGUUUUUGCCUGAACUGAUCUGGGGAUAUUUGCGCAUCACAUCAAGCAGAGAGAGACAUUGCAAUGGCUGCAUUGAAGCUUUGCUACUUGGUAUCUACAAUCUGGAGAUAGUGGAUAGAGAUGGAAACAAUAAGGUCCUGUCUUUUACAAUCCCGUCACUGUCCAAGCCAUCAGUAUAUCAUGAGCCUUCAAGCAUAGGCUCCAUGGCCCUGACUGAAGGAGCACUUAGUCAGCAUGACCUAAUCCGAGUGGUGUAUAGUGACCUUCACCCACAGAGGGAAAACUUUACCGCACAGAACAGGUUUGAAGUGCUAAGUUUCCUUAUGUUGUGCUAUAAUUCUGCAGUGGUCUGCAUGCCUAAAUCCUCCUACCGCUCCCUCUGCAGUGUGUGCUCAAGGUUAUGCAUUUCUGGGUUUCCACGACAAAGGCAGAAGAUGUGGAAUGAGACUUGUGGUCGGGUAAUGCUGGAUCCAGAGUUUAUGGUGCAGAUGUUGACAGCUGUUUAUCAUACCAUAUACAACGGAGAGUGGGAGAUGGGCCAGGAAGCACUGGAGGACCUCUUGUACAGGGCACAGUUAGAACUGUACUCUCAACCGCUGUUGGUGGCUAAUGCAAUGAAGAGCUCAUUGCCUUUCGACGCUCCCGACAUUUCUAAAGUGGGUCGGAAGUGCCUGCAGGUAGAGGUUACACCAACAGUACCCAGGAUAUCCCGCACUGCCAUCACCACUGCGUCCAUACGAAGGCAUCGCUGGAAGAGAGAAAAUUGUAUUGACCUCACAUUUGAUGCUGAGUCAAGCGACCCCACCUCCCUAAUCUGUGACUCGUCUGAAUUGGCCGGACAGCGUGAGAGGAAUGGGGAGGGGAUGCCAGUGUCCCCCAGACACAGUCAGCAGGAACCAGCAUCUGUGGCAACGGCAGAGGAUCUGAAUGCUGCAAGCGGAGGAGAGGAGCCCAUACACGUCACUGACGCAGACGAGGGAUUCUCAUCGGGGGCAUCUAGUAGCAGCCAGCCGAGUGGGUCCAAGAGUAGCAGUCUGAAGAAAGGCCCCAGCAGCUUAUUAAACCGGGAUAGAGAUCAGGCGGAAGGGACUCGCAAGCUCCUGGCAGCCCGCUCUGCCACUGACAACGUGGAGCUGACUCCUGUGAAGAAGCACCUGCUGACCACAAGUGGUUCGCCGGUAUCCAAGGCAGGAGCUGUUGGCUUGGUGCGGACGGCCAGCACCUCCUCCACCAGAUCCUUUGACCGGGUUAACGGGAGCCAGGCCUUGGAUGGGAGCUCCAAUCUGGCCAUCAGCAACACUAACAGGUUUUCGACCAUCAGCCUCCAGGAAGAGAGGCUGGGCCAAGACAGCGAGGCUAAGGAGCUGCUUUCCCCAGGAGCUCCACUAACCAAACAGUCCCGAUCGCCCAGCUUUAACAUGCAGCUCAUUUCCCAGGUAUAGGCAACCACAGUCUCUGCCUUCCUUAUCCAAUCAGUACUGUCUGGAUUUUUUUUUAAACUUCAUUCUCAGUGGGAACUGCCCCCCUUCCCCAACUCGCUGACCUUUCCUGAUUUCUGAUCUAUUCCACGUGAUGAUUAUUGUGCAGAAUAAAUAAACUAUUUUGUAUUGGAAGAGCAAUAAAAGGAGUCUGUAGGAAGUGGACUGUGGUGUGCUGUAUGGCUCACACACAGUCUGCUCCCUACCUCGUCUUCGGGUGAUGUGCAAUCCAUUGGUACCAGUCCAGACUCAGUACUGGAACUUCAGACCUUCCACGGCAGGUGAUUCUCCGAUGUGCCCAGCUCUCUUUGAUUUUGCAGUCUGACACUGACUGUCUCUCUCAUAGACUGGUCCAUUUUUUUUCAGAGUACACUUUGCUGCCUUCAAAAAGGCCCAAACAUUCUUUUGCUUUCUCUUAAUAGAAAAAUGAACUUUGUAUUGCCACAGGCAGGGAAGAUCGCCAGAGGAGUAGUUUUAUAUUGGAGCAGCCCAGUGAAUGCAUAUGGCUACAAAGCAUUCUGACUGCAGUUUACUGGGCUGACACCUGACCCACUUCACUAAGCUUAGGCUUUAGGAAAACAAUCUUAAGAUUUGAAAAGCUGUUCCCUUGUGAUGUGUUCAAAUCAAUAUUGAAUUGGAAUGCUUUAACUGUAUAGUUAAACAACAUUACCACUGAAACUGUAAAGGGUGGCAGUUUCUCAUUGUAGUCAUUCCUUUGCCCCUCUCAUAUGUCUCAUGAUGAGGUGAUAGUUGUAGAGCUGACACUACACUAUUUUUCAUAUUUUUAAAAGAAUUUGUGUACCAGGGUGGGAUUUGGAGCAUUAAGCAAAGACUGACCAUUUAGCAUUUGUAAAACAGCACUGGAAAUGUUACCUUUCAUUCCGAUUCUCCCUAAAUGCUGAUAUUCAUUACACUGGGGCUCAGGUGGCCAGAAUGACUAGUCCAUUGGGCAUGUCUUUCCAGAAUCAUUAAUUCCUGGAUCAUAAUCAUUUUCCAAUAGCCAUUCAUUGUAUGAUGAGUUCAUUUGGUGUGCAACAAAGGAAACUUGGCACUAACCUUUUGGACUCACUUCCUGCACUGGUUACUGAUAUCUACCCCUAACUUUGCAAGGUUGUGUGCACCUGUAUUUGCACACUUAGCAACACGUCUGUUUCUACCUGUACAUCUUUAUGUCAUGAACAAUGGAUGGUUGCUGAUGAGUUUCAUGUGUGCACAGACAUCUGCACUAAUGCCAAAGAGUUCUGGAGUGAUGUUGAGGAAGCUAGCUCUGUUCAACCUGAGCCAGGCCUAAGUUCAUGGCAAUGAUUUGAGUCAUCUUUGUGGGUUUGUAGCUGAUUUUUAUUAAAAAGAUGGUUAGUCUUUUUUUGUGAUAGUCUUGAUGCUUUCAGUUACUUGAUUAGAUCUUGAACACCUAUUGUGAAUAUCACUCCUCCAUCUUGGACUUGUUUUGGGAAAAGCCACAGUACAUGGAAAUAUUUUCUCUUUACUUCAACUCUGGAGCACACAAGAAUGGGGUUUCCUGGGAUCAGAAUACUUUCAGUCUGGAGUUUAUUUUUUUGAUGCAUCUAUUUUUUUCUAAACAAGAAACCCUAGAAGGGUACACAAACCUUUGCCUCCAGAUUCUGCACUCUAUCCUCUUUGUAAAGGAAUGUUUGGGAUCCUUGGAAUGUUAAACCUCACUGCCACUCCCAACGAAUACACUGCCAGGCCAAUUUGUCUGGCCAAGGAAAGUUCUCCCUGAGCAUGGGGGAUGCUUCCAGUUUGGAGACCAAUGUCUGGGCAGGUGUGGUGGAAUCUAUGCCUAAGGGGUCUUUGUUUUAAGCAGGUAAAGUUGCAUUUGAUUAGGCUGCGGCCUAACCAUUAUACUGUUGGAUUAAUUCUAGUAUGUUGUUUAGCUAUAACUGAUAUCGAGGUAUAAAUUAAAAUGAUUUUUGUUUUGCACAUUUUGAUUUUACAUUCCGCCAUGCGUGGGUGCAUGAUGGCCUGAGAUUAAGCCACCUCUUUAUGUUCCAAUUUUCUUUCACAAGUGACCGCUAAUUAGGCAAGAGAUCUUUUAAGGCUCAGUUUCUACAGUACAUGUUUGAUUGAGCAACACAGGUAUUAAAUUUGUGUUUAAUCUUUAUGGAAAUGGGACAGUGAUCCUUUUUUAAUCUCUAGCGAUCUCACCAUCUAUGGAGCUAAUGGACCUGCAGGAAUCAACCCAUUAUCUGCAAAUUUAAACUGCUGUGUUUGUUUGGUCUUCUGUCUUGGUGCUUGUGAACAGAUAUAAAUAAAAGUAUUUAUUUUGCCCGAAGAAUGUUCAGCUGUGUGAGCAAAUCCAGUGACUGGUUCAGCUGGAGGCUUCAAGUAGGAGAAGAAAACUUUCUCAUCCCUCCAGCUGUUCUGGUGAGUGGUUAGAUCCAUAAUCUACCGAAAAGUGAGUAUGUUCGGACUAGAAUGUUCCUGAGAGAUUCUCAAUAGUCAGGGAGCUGCACUUGGGUGGGGUUAAAGGAGCAAAAGUAGAAUCUAGUGGAAAUUCGAGUCUCGCUGAUUGGAUUGGUGCAUGUAAAUCUGUCAUUCUUUGAACAAAAAUCUUUUUUUAAAUUAAAAAAAACUAUACUGUUUAAGUAAGAUGUGAAUGUGAUAUUGUAAAUACCUGUCAGAUUAAAGAUUUUAAAUGUGUAAAUACAGAUGUAUAAACAUUCAGAUCAGUCUGCAAUGCAGAGAAAUUAUCUAUCUGUAAUCUCAUUUCCUGGAAUAAAUACUGUGCUGUU